AUGGCUCCUCCUAAGACUGCUGGUAAGGCUCCCGCCUCCAAGGCUCCCGCUAAGGCUCCUGUUGAGAAGAAGGAAGCCGGAAAGAAGACUACUACCUCUGUUUCUGGUGAAAAGAAGAAGCGCACUAAGGCUCGCAAGCAAACUUACUCUUCUUAUAUUUACAAGGUUCUCAAGCAAACACAUCCCGACACUGGUAUUUCUACUCGCGCCAUGUCUAUUAUGAACUCGUUUGUCAAUGAUAUUUUUGAGCGAGUUGCCACCGAAGCUUCUAAGCUUGCUGCUUAUAAUAAGAGAUCCACUAUUUCUUCUAGAGAGAUCCAAACAGCUGUCAGACUUAUUCUUCCUGGUGAGCUGGCAAAGCACGCGAUAUCAGAAGGUACUCGUGCUGUCACCAAGUACACUUCUUCUUAA